AUGCUACCGGCGUCUCUCUGGCACCGGGUGUUCCGCUGCCUGCUGCUGCCACCCGGCUCCUCCCACCCCGACACCCCCCUCGUGCGGGGCAGGUGCAAGAUGCCCUGGUGCCUCACCGCCACCAUGCAGCCCCCAGCGGGCAGAAACCUGCCCGUGAAACUUGUGGACCCUGACUUCACGGCAGUCGGGCAGCACCGGAAGAAUGUGAAGAGCUAUGGCAGCGGGUGGGCCCUGCUGUGCUGCGCCAUGGCCAGCAAGAGGCUACUCACCCUCGUCCUCUCCUUCUCCCCUUGUCUCCGGCCCCUACGCUUCCCGUUUCCCGUUGGGCAUCCCUUGUUAUCCCAACGAGAGGGAGUGUAUAGCACCCCAAGACGGCUAGGCCGUGGUCUACCACAA